AUGAAUGGAACUCCGCGACUGCGGUCGGCCUUCCCUACCACUCCACGAACAGACCCUCGACGCCGAACCUUCAACAACAAUGAACGCUCAGCUCUGGGCUCACCCCCUUCUCCCUUUCCUGAGAGACCAUCACCGAUAAUACGACCUGUGAAAACCCCUGGUGAGCGGGCGGGUGCCCCUACGCCCCUGAUACCGACCGAAAUCGUCGACGUUCCAUCUCAAAGAUUCUACGUUUUUGGGUUUUAUAUUGCUCUCACAGCCUGGAGGCUGUACAACUCCUACAAUGUGGAAAAUGAUCUGGAUUCGACGUGGUUGUUUCUUAAAUGGGUAGGAAUUGAUGCCGCAUUCUUCGUGGCGCUACCGGCGUUUAAGAUACCCUGGCUGGAGUUCUCGUUUCCCACGGCUUUCACACUAUGGUUGCUGCAUGCUAUUGCAAAUGCUUUCUUAAUGUACAAGAUACCAAUACCUUUCCUGACGUGGCUGGGGGCACUGGUCAAGGUAGCCUAUGAUCGCGAGCUGUCGAUCUCGGAGCACCGGGUGAAACCAGGCGAUAUUCUACACAACUCCUCGAUCAUCUUGGGCAAACAAAUUAUACACAUCCUUCCAGAGGGCUCUGCCAUUCUGAAUCCCGAGAAGAGGGCGUUUUGCAUUGACGCGUCGAGACCCUCAGUGGAACUACCGAUUCAGAUCAAUCAGACGACACCUAUUUCUAUUGAGCUGCAACGGUAUGACCUUGAGACGGAGGAAGUCGAGACGAUCACCAUCAGCAGCAAACAAGCCAGACAGUUGAAAAAACAGGCCGACAGCGGUCACCACAAGUCUGAUACAAACACGCCUCGGACUCUACUUUACCCGGUUUCAAAGGCUGGCCUGUACCAGCUGCAACGCGUUAUUGACACGACAAAAUUGGAAGUGCGGAAACGGAGUUUCGACACGGCGGUUGUGCAUUGCCCGUUGGCGUCGAUCUCGACUCAAUCCGAGGACAGAUGCACUGGAGAGUUGAGCAACAUCGCUCUGCGAGUCACAGGUGUCCCACCGUUCAAAGUCAAAUACAGCAAAACCGUCAAUCACAAGCAAUUCAGUUCCAUUGUCCAGAAUGUACUGCCACAUGUGGAUCUCGACUUGGUCUCCAGCGAUGAGGCCUCGGCUGUCGUCCUCGAUCCACGACGGCCACAUAUGGGGUGGACGAAAUCCACAACCGAGUCGUUCGAGAUCAAUGAAUCUCUACACCAGAAUGGAAGCCAUUCUUACACCAUCGAGGAAGUAGAAGAUGGUCUCGGGAACAAGGUCGUCUACAAUGGGAGCAAAUCAAAGGACUUUCAUGCUCCACGGGUGCAGAGCUUGACUGUGCAUAACAGGCCUCGAGUCACGAUGGGAGGCCUCAACUCAGAUCGCGUACUUCGCGUCCGUGAAGGAAACGCUAUUCCUCUUCCGAUUUCAAUCCAACAUGUGGAUUCGUUGCAUCCAUCAGACUGGCCGCUUAAUGUGAAGUACAGCUUUGUCUCAGACGGCGAAGGGGAAGCCGUUCGCUCGGAAAACCAUGUACACGAGAUGGCGGACCGUCGCUCCAUGCCUCUGAUCAGUCAGCCUGGCAAAUAUAGCCUCGAUUCUGUUGACAGCCAGUUCUGCCGUGGCGAGGUCGUUGAACCUUCGUCAUGUCUGCUCCAUAAUCCUCCCAAACCAGGUCUCAGUAUGGAGUCUGAGGACAUUUUUGACAAGUGUGCCGGUAAUCCAAUUGGCAUGUAUGUUAACUUUGACUUCACGGGGACUCCUCCCUUCAAAGUUCGAUACACAAUAAGCCACCGUGGGACGGCUUUCCCCAAAGUCCAAGAAUUUUCUGGUAUGCGCGGUCAGAUGGAAUUGCGUGAAAGAGCCGCUGGCUCUUACAUAUACACAAUCCAUGAGAUCGAAGACCAAGUCUACGGCAGCGUGUCACUAAAAGACCAAAAUCUCGUCCUCAAACAAGACAUCAAGCCACCGGCGUCUGCGAUAUUCCACGGAGACAAUCGUGCUGUAAAGGCGUGUCUCGGCUCACCUGUGUCCAUACCAGUUAGACUUGCAGGUCAAGGACCGUGGGAUUUGGAUUAUGAGCUGGUGCAUGCCGGCAAAAGAAAGAAGCACCACAUCCACACCGAGGACGAGCUAUGCAUGAUCGAACUUCCCCCCUUUGCAGAAGGAGGGAGCUAUUCUGUUGUACUAUCAGGAGUCCAAGACAAAUCACGAUGUCGUACGACGUUGCAGGAGGAACGGAAGGUCGAAGUCAGACAAGAGCAACCACGCGCAGCGUUCGGCGAUAUAGACGGCAAACGAUCGAUCCUGGCACUAGAUGGCAGGUCUGUGAAACUGCCAUUGCGGCUCAACGGCUUCGCCCCAUGGGCGGUCAGACUGCAGAAUCUGGACGACGGCUCUGAUUCAUUUGAGCAGAUAUUCAGAGACGCAAACGCCGAAAUCUCAGUCGACCGUCCGGGUACUUACGAGAUCGUCUCUAUUCAUGACAGUUGCCCCGGCGUGGUUGAUUCUAAAGCGAACAAAUUCCAAGUGAGCUGGCUGCCCCGACCAACGCUAUCAAUCAAAGAUCCGGCUAUUGGGACAGAAGGAUCGAAAGGCUUCCGCAAGGCCGCAGUUUGUCAGGGAGACGAAUCAGUUCUGGGCCUUGGUCUCACAGGCAGCCCGCCUUUCCACCUCAAAUACCAGCAGAAGUUCGAACCAAUCAAGGGGCCUGCUGCAAUCAGCAACAAGCCUGUCACCCUGGCAGGUAGUAGUGCGCAAGUCAAUCUUGACACCAGCAAAGCUGGAGAAUACUCUUACGUUUUCAGCGAGCUGGGCGAUGCUCGCUAUUCUCCCGACAAGAAGGGAUUUACGCCGAUUGUUCUCUGGCAGCAAGUGUAUCCUCUACCGUCUGCAAAGUUCAGCCAGGCAGGGAAGACUUAUGGCUACUGCAAAUACGAUCCCACCUUCACAAACAGCGCCGAGGCCGAAACUGAAAACAUACCGAUCACCUUUACCGGCACGCCCCCUUUCAGUGUCGAAAUUGCCAUCAUUCACCACGGCGUAUCAACCCGCCCUGAGAUCAUCCGCCAAAAAGACAUAGCUACGCGUAGCUACUCGUGGCCACUUUCGCGGGCCACCCUCGACCUAGGUACACAUACCGUUUCUAUUCGUUCAGUCAAAGACGCGCUUGGCUGCGAAUCCAUCCUCGACUCGGACCCAUCCGCCGUCCGCAUUCAUGUCUCAGCGCCACCGGCCAUCAUCCCGCUGGAGUCCCAAGAACAUUACUGUGUGGGCGAGCACGUCUCUUUCUCCCUGAGCGGCCAAGCCCCCUUUGAUGUUUUCUAUACUUUCCAGAAUCGUGAACGAAAAGCACGUGUUUCGGGUAAUGAGUUCAGACGGCUUGCUGAGUCGCCAGGAGAGUUUGUCAUCACGGGUGUCAGCGACUCAGCGAUGGGGAAUAACAAAUGCCGCGCAAGGAAAGACAUCAGAAAAGUCAUUCAUCCGUAUCCGACUGUUGAAAUUGGCAAGGGAAAGACGGUAAUCAGCGACAUUCAUGAGGGAGGGGAGGUGGACAUACUGUUUACGUUUACUGGGACGCCACCUUUUGAAUUCACAUAUACUCGCACGGAGAACCUCAGAAAAGGCACGGGCAAAGCCCGAGUUCUCGAGACACGCCACGACACGUCAGACGAAUUCAGCAAGAUGAUCCGUGCCAGCGACGAGGGCAUCUAUGAGGUUGUGAGCAUCAAAGACCGAUUCUGUUCAUACACCAAACCCAGUCACAAGGCUGCUGGAAACGGCGGCGGUCUCAUGGGUGGCCAGAAGAAGCUGUUGACUUAUUGA